AUGCGUUCGGAAUCCGAUCCAAUCAAUGACACACUCUCACAAGAACACUCACUCCGUAUGUUAUACCUCAUUGAUGCCAUUCUUGCUCUUAUAGCUUUCGUACCAAGCAUAUUAUUUGUAACAACUAUCUUGUAUUUUCGAUCGUUUCGUCGUGAAUAUCCGUUGCUCAUUCUGUUGUCGAGUGGUGAAGCAGUGGCUUGUAUAUCUCAUAUUAUCAUGGGCUUCACUUCGUGGACAUGUUUUCUAUACGGUUUCGAUUUUUUGCGGAUGGGAUCCUGUGUUAUGACGCCUCUUUCGGCGUUAGCACUUGCGACUGAUCGCUUCAUCUGCGUAGCGUUUCCAGGCAUGUAUCGCCGGAACCCAAUGGGCAGGAAGUACUGCUUUGCUGCAGCUGUGAUUCUAGCUACAAUGCCAGAGGUCAACAUUAUCGGAAUCGACGAGAAUGCGAAGAUGGGACUUGAACAGCCGUCAAUAACGGUAGCCGUCCAGUCGACUUACGUGAAUAAAGGGGGCUCAUCAUCAUUCUCACGUUCAGGAGGAACCAUCGAUGCCAUAACCCAACGUGGCAAGGGUCAGCCCACUCGACGCCUGAACAACAGCGCAAUUCCAAAACACUUCUCCACAAAAGAAGCUGACGCUUUUCAAGCUAACAUCGACAUCGCAGCUCCGAAAAGCGAGGAAUGCUGA